AUGGCCAAACACUCGACCUUCGCUUUGGACCUGGAGAUUUCCAAGGCAUGGCCAGGACUUCUAGAAUCGACCUUUGCUUUGGACUUGGAAAUUUCGAAAGCAUGGCCAAUAUUCCUGAAAUGGCGCAACCGCUGGUUGCAAGCCUCCGCUUGGUGUAGUUGGUUUAUCACGUUCGACUGUAAUAGCAAAUUGUUAUCGAAAGGUCCCUAG